AUGGUGCAAGCAGGCGGCCAUCGACGUCCGUGGGCAGAGGCAGCCAGCAGUGCUUUUGCUGUUGCGUCAGCGCUUCCCUCCUCGAUGAACAGCGAACAGAUAGCCGACUUAUUCGAGAAGAUAGAGAAUGGAGUCGUGGUUGAGCCUUUCCCGUCGUUAUCACCUGAUAUCAAACGAAAUUCUACUGGGGAGACAUUUCUGAUUGCUGCUGCACGUACCAACAAUGUGCAUGCCGUCAAAAAUCUUGCAGCGGAUCCAGACUUGCUGGAUGAGACAGACAAUGAAGGGUGGUCCGCUUUACUUAACGCCUCCCACAAAGGCCACGUGGAUGUUGUUAGGAUUCUUUUGGAAGCUGGAGCUUCGGUAGAUCUACCAGAUAUGAUGGGAUGGAGUCCGUUAAUGUGGGCUGUAUACAAAUGUCAUCCAGAAAUUGUUGAUAUGCUUCUCAACUAUGGCGCCCACGUAAAUUUAAUAGAUGAAGAAGAUGGAUUGACACCACUCAUUGUUGCGUCUGGUCGAGGUUUCACCUCUGUUGUUGAAAAGUUAUUAGCAGCAGAUGCACAGGUUAAUGCAUGCGAUAAAUUUGGUAGCACUGCUUUAAUAUGGGCGGCUAGGAAAGGUCAUCUUCCAAUUGUUCAAAUGCUCUUAAACGCUGGUGCUGAAGUGGAUGCUGUUGGAAUGGGUUCUUCAACGGCUCUUAUGUUAGCAACCAAAGGUAAUUACCUCACAGUUGUUGAUCUGCUGCUAACUCGGGAACCAAAUGUGAACGUCGUGGAUCAGAAUGGAUUGUCAGCAUUAGGAAUCGCUGCACGAGAAGGCUAUGCAGACAUUUGUGAAUCUCUAAUUAAUUCUGGUGCUUUCGUGAAUCAAAGUGAUAAAUAUGGGAAUUGGAUCUUAAUUAGCGCAGUACGAAGUGGAAACGCUAAUAUAGUUCGACUGCUUCUAGAAAAAUUUGCUGAUGUAAACGCAAGAGAUUCUGAGAACAGAACUGCUCUACAUCUGGCCAUCGACAAGUCCUUCAUGGACAUUGUAUAUAUUAUCCUGGAGAGGAAACCGAACCUAGAGUUAAAGAACAGGGAUGGCGAAACUCCUCUUCUCCGUGCUGUCAAAAGUCGUCAUGUGGCGCUUUGUGAUCUCCUUGUGAAGUCGGGUGCUAAAAUUUCCGCCGCCGAUAAUAAUGGGGACAACGCUCUUCAUUUGGCGCUGAGAGCUAGAAGUCGACGACUCACACAAACGUUGUUAGCGAACCCCUCCGAUUCCCGCCUUCUCUAUCGACCUAAUCGCUUGGGACAAACUCCGUAUUCCAUUGACAAUGCGAAUCCACAACCAAUUCUUCCUCUCAUAUUCGGUCCCAUAGAUGCCGAACAACAUAUGGAUACUAUGUUAGGAUAUGAUGUGUACAGCAAUGUACUUGCUGACAUAGUGUGUGAACCUUCUCUUUCUUUGCCAUUGACCAUAGGCCUAUAUGCUAAAUGGGGAUCGGGGAAAUCGAUACUGCUUGGAAAACUCAAGGAUUCUAUUAACAGUUUUUCUCGUAAUUGGCUGGAAGGAGCUCAUCUGAGCAUGUCUGGUCUUAUUUUUUUCUACCUAACAUUAUUUUGCGUAAUAUCCACUACUACACUCUCAACACUCUCUGCGAUUACCGCAAGUUUACCUGCAUUGAUAGCGGUGUGGAUUUUUGGAGGAUGUCUUCUUAUUCUACUUAUUUCAUCUUACUGUUUUCUUUACUACGGAAGCGAAAUGCGUGGAUGGUCAGCCCCAGGUCGAGUUGCAAACUCUCUUUCGCGAUUCAUCUAUCGAAUCCGCCUUUUAUGGAACGUGGCAACUUUGUAUGCACCUAUGCAUUCAGAAAAUGACAUUGCGAGCAAUCCUGUGAGUUUUUUGUUCGCUGAUUAUCAUCGUCUUUCUUCUAUUGGUGGUGAACAAGCGCUGGCAAAAAUCGUCGCAACGUUAUUCGAGUCUGCUGAAACACACUUUGGAGUGCUGCCCGUUCGACUAUUUUGCUCACUGAGAACAGCAUAUCCAGGACAAUACGGUUCUUUGCGGAGACACUGUGGAGUCCCAGUUGUGUUGCUUGUCGGAGUUGCUGUGUGUAUGCUGCUCUCUGCUGAAGUGUUCAUGAUAAUUUGGUUGUUCAGCGAUAGAGAUACGAGUUCUGGAGCCCUACUUGUUGCUUCGAUUGCGUUCAUGGUAGUGUUCCUUAUGCUAACUAUCUAUCCUAUUAUUAUUUUGUUGCGAUAUGGUUAUACUAACGUCCCUCGAAAACAUGUUAACGAAGCAGCAAGAUCUGUACACAAGUUACGAUUUGAAGGAUUAAUGCAAAAGCUGCAAACUGAGGUGGACAUACUGGCGGACAUGAUAAGAUCGUUGGAUGCAUUCACGAGAAGUCAAACGCGGCUUGUAGUUGUUGUGGAUGGUCUCGAUAACUGUGAACAGGAGCGUAUGGUUCAAACACUGGACGCGCUGGAGCUUUUGUUUUCUGCACGGAAACAUCGCCCGUUCAUUACUAUUAUCGCAGUUGAUCCACACAUUAUUGUAUCUGCCAUAAAUCACAACAUGCAUUCUGCGCUCACAGGAACUGAACUUACUGGUCAUGACUAUCUGAAAAACAUUGUUAAUAUGCCUCUUUAUCUUCACAAUUCUGCCCUUCGUCAAUUGCAGAAUAAGUUGAAAGACAAACGAGAAUCAUUAGCGGACUGGAAAGAGCGCUAUCGCCGUCAAGACACAUUCCACGGUUCUCAUUUAUCAUUGGCCGAUGGACGACAAAGUCGUAAAGCAACAAUAGUUGUUGGAACUCGCAGCAUCGGUGAAUCCUUGUUAAGUGAUGACUAUUUCUCAAACAUGAAUCCACGAGCUAUGAGGAGGAUUGUCAAUGCGUUGACGCUAACAGGCAGACUCAUGCGAGCAUUUGAAAUUGAUUUUUCAUGGCUCUCGCUUGGCCACUGGGUUUCGUUACUGGAACAAUGGCCCAGUCGAAUGUGUUGGCUUAUUGAUAGGGCCGUUGACAUAAAUAAUAACGGGUUAACGCUUGCAGAGGUCUACCACCAACUGAAGGACCACAUACCAAAAAAAGAUUCAUUAAUCGAAUUAGAUAGGAAUCCAGACAAUUUUGAGGCAUUUCUCGAUUCACCAACGAUUCCAAGCGCUGAGCAGCUAACUGUAGGACAUGUUAAAAAGUUCGUGCCAUGCACUAGCAACCUUGAUCCAUACCUAAGGAAAUUGAUCAGAGAGCGUCGACAAGGACUUGAAGAUCCCGUGCAAGAACUUGGUUUCGGCAGUGUGGUUAUUCCUCCAAAUGCGAAAUAUCUGUUUGGGGAUGAAAAAGUGUGGAGUACAGUCUGCACUCCUCUGGUCGAAAUGAGGUUAGAUGAUGUUUGUGCUCUACUGAAGAAACUAGACAUUGCUUCGAAUCGUUUGGACGCGAUUGUGCGGAAAUUUGAGCAAUUGAAUCUCGGAGGCUUAGUUCUGGCCUCUUGCUCGCUUCAGGACUUGAAGGAUGCGUUAGGGAUACCGCUUGGUGACUGGACUAUGGUGCGUCUUUUAGUGGAGACGUUGAAGGCGUUCGGCUCCAAUGUACCGGGAGUGAAGACGGAUAAGAGAAGAGCUUUAACGCUCCCAGAAGAAGAUGAAGAAGGAUCGGAAGAGAGCGUAGAUUUGACGACAAGACGUGGUACAAUCGUACAAUCGCCGUCUGCAAUGAUCACAGCUGAGGAGCGUAGGAGAUCUAUGGCAAUGCCUGAGGAAAUAAACACUGAUCACAAAUGGUUGAUGGAAAGCCUGUCUGGAAUGGAUCUCACGCAACCAGAAGGUGACUUGAACUUGGCACCUUCAUCUGCAGCUUCAGUACGAUUUGAUGAUGCUGCUGAAGAUGGGCUGGCUUCGGAUGCUGACAGUACAGAGUCACGGUUUGGAAGCCGAGAAAACCUUCUUGAUCCAGGACCCAUCUUGAGUCGUCACUCUAGUAGUACUGGAAGCCAUAAAAAUCGUUCUACGUACAUGAGCUUGCCCCAGUAUAGAAGAAUGAGCCGGGGCGAUUUGAUGAGACAGAUCCACAACGACUCCAUUCAUAGCACGGAGGGUGGUAUAAGUGCGCGUGCAUCAGUAGUGUCCGAUGACGACCAUCAGGUAACGAUAAUGCGACGGGACGGAAGUAUCGUACCUGGAGAACGACCACAAUUGACAAACAUUUUUGGACGUGAAAAUGGCAAUGCGUAA